AUGCCAACAUUGUCAGAAUGCACUAAUCAUACAUAUGCUCGAACAGAUUUUCCCGACCCGGAUAGUGAAGCCCCAGCUCUCAAUUCGAAUUCUGGCACUUGCUCCCCAAGCGUCUCAGGGAGCUUGACCAGGUCUGUCAACCCUGUUACAUCUACGAUCCAAGAGAAUCUCUCUGCUUCUCUCUUGCCGUCUGUCGCGACUCCUCCGCAAUUGGACUCGUGCACCAAUACUACUGUACAAAAAAAACGAGCCACGGCCCACGAGCUCGAUGGGAAUCUGAUCACAGUCUUAUCGGAAAAAUCACAGGCAGCCAAAUCAAUGUCGCAGUGCAUGACUGUGCCCCUUCAAUCUAAAUCUAAGGCUCCAAUCAAAACCAACGACGAUGUUCCGCCACUUAUUGAUGUCUCAGAAACAAAUUGGAUGGACUCGCCGAAUCCAGUCCGGGACCUAGAGGAAGCAGUCGAGGACCUCCGAUUGAAACUGGAAAUGAACGAGAAGUCUGAUCUCAGUAUAUUAGCUGAGGAGAUGCGGCGAGAAGAAGAAGUUCGUCUUCUCAAAGUAUCAGUUGCAGGUCUGGAAGGUACAAUCAAAGAUUUCGGAUCACUGCAUGUCGCUGUGACAAACUUAGAAUCUCAAGUCACGCGCCUUUGUGGAAAGUUGAGUGCGGCAGUUGAGGACAUUAGAGUCCAGGAGCAAGUUAUCAGACAGUUGAUGAGUCUGGAUGAAGGAGAUGAAGAUGACUCAAUCAACAAUUCGGAGUUGUGA